UUGUUGCAACCAAAAUGAAGUAUCGGAUUUUCAAGUCACGCAGCACCGGGGACUUUCUGAAGAUGACAAAGCAGCCGAACUUUUUGGAACGCAUUGAGAUGGAACACAAGGAACUUGUGGCAAGGAAGGUACGAGGGACUUAUGAUCAUUUUUCCAGACCGGAAAAUUUCACGAAGAAUCGGCAUAUAUAUUUUCCGUGUUGGGAUCACUCUCGAGUGAUCUUAAAACCACCCAGCACGGGAAUCCCAACUAUUUAUGAAAUCGCAUGUGACUAUAUUCAUGCGAAUUAUGUGGAUGGAUUUACGGAAAAAAAGAAAUUCAUUUGCACACAAAGUCCGAUGAAAAACACAAUGUUUGACUUCUGGAGGAUGGUAUACCAAGAAAAUUGUCAUAUAAUUAUGUCAAUAACGAAAAUAGACAAUACAAAAGAAUAUUUCUAUCAUUAUUGGUUCAACAAUAAACAUCGUGACCUAGUGUUUGGAAGGUAUGCCAUAAGACUCCUUGGAUUUAUUGAAGAGAAAAGUUUAAUCAGAGCAAGAAUACGACUGACAGAUACGAAACGUAAUAUCUCAAGGGAAAUCUAUCAUUUUUGGUUCACAAAUGGGCCUUUCUAUUAUGGUCGGCGAGUCAAUUCGUUAGAAUUGUUGAACCUAAUAAUUCAAGUGGACCAGAAACGAGAAGAGUUAAGAAAAAAAGUAGACUCCGGACCAGGACCGAUAGUGAUUCACUGCUCGAGAAUAAGAAGCUGGUCGGGAAUAUUCUGUACUAUCGACAAUGCGUUGUCACAAGUGAGAGAAAAAAACACAGUGUCAAUCCCGAAAACGAUACGAAAUAUUCGGAAGCAAUUACAUUCAAGUAUGUAUGGUUUUGAAGAGUAUGAAUCUUGUUAUGCUGUAUUAUGGACGGCUAUACUACAGAAGAAACUUUAUGAGCAUGGUUAUUAUAAGUUAUCCUGUCUACCCCCAACAGAAGCUGCAAUUGUGAACUAUUUUUUCCCACAACCUGACUAGGAAUAA